UUUUGCCUUUUUUUUUUUACAAGCUGAAUCUGAUGCUCAGAAAGUGAGCUGUCUCCAACUGCCAAGAUGGUAAUAAACGUCUGUCUCCCACAGUUCAAGCCCAGAAUUCACUGCAACAAGAUUUCUGCUGAUGGUUACGAAGUCGAGAAUCUGAUCUCCGAAGACCUCGCCAGGAGAAAUCGUGGUUUCCGCAGUGAAUACUUUAUCAAACCUCCAGUCCAUGUCACAAUUUCUUUUCCCUUCAACAUUGAGAUCUGCAGGAUUAAUAUCGACAUCUCGUCUGGGGGAUACCAAACUUUCUGCGGGCUUGAAGUUUAUACCUCUACCUCAUGUAAUAAAACCUCUUGGCAGAGCCCUGAGGGUCAAUUCUCAGGUCUGGCUGGUCAGCCUGUGUCCGACAAAGACACUUUCACACUGGUGGGCAAAGCUGUCUUAAAAAAUCAAAGCAAAGUGACGUUCGGCCACAGAGGCUUCAAGCCGAGGCCCCCCUUCCAUCAGAUGGAAAAUGUCUUCUCCUACCCUGGCUCUGCAUCUCAAGACCUCUGGAACAAAGGGCCUGCCUCGCUGAGCAACGUGUCGCACUUAAAAAUCUGCAUCACCCACGUGGCCGGAGGCGGCCUGCCUUGCAUUAAGAGGCUGGAGGUGUGGGGACAGCCUGCCAAAUCAUGCCCUCAGGAGGUGAUUGAGGGUGUCUUUCAGGUGGCCUCCCAGUUCUUCGCCCAGGACGUCGGCAGCCUCAAGCCAGAGCUGUGGACGCCAAUGGAGAGUGACUGCAUGUCCUUCAGCGCCAAUGACAGUGAGCAGCAGACCCUCCGCAAGCUGGUGGACGUCGUCCAAGACAUCCCCGAAGAAUUUCUGGACCCCAUCACUUUGGAGAUCAUGACCUUCCCCAUGCUCCUGCCCUCCGGGAAGGUGAUCGACCAGACUACCCUGGAAAAAUGCAACCGGAGUGAGGCAUCUUGGGGCAGGGUACCCAGCGAUCCUUUCACUGGGGUGGCCUUCAGCCAGCACUCGCAGCCCUUACCUCACCCUACCCUCAAGGCCAGGAUAGACCACUUCCUCUUACAGCACAGCAUCCCUGGCACCAACCUGCUCGGGAGGGCUCAUGCCUCAGAAAUGCUUGUACCUUCUUCCAUAACAAUGUCUUCUCUGAAAAGGAAAAUGGACUGUAUGGAUCAGAGCUCUGUGCAGCCACCCUAUUUUUCUUCUACAAACUUACUUGUCACGUCUACCUCAGAGAACAGUGCUAAAAAAAUGAAAACUGACAAUGACUCACAUUUGAUCCAAAUGGACUGUUCGACAGAUCUUGUCUCUCACGAACAAAAACUGUCGGAGAGUUUGGACACUGCCUUGAACUCGGCGCUCAGCUCGAUGCCCUCGUUUACAGCCAAGCUGAUGAAAAGCCAGCAGCAGGCGCAGAGCGAGGGAGGCUGCAGCAGUUCGUGGAGUGUGGGCACCGUCCUUGAGCAAGCUGGGGAGUUGACCGGACCCAGAUGUGCUUCCUGCGGCAAAACCUUCUCCUCUUAUUUCAAAACGGAGCCCGUUUACCAGCUUCCCUGCGGCCACCUCAUGUGUCGCCCGUGCUUGGCCGAGAAGCAGAAGUCUCUGUCGUCGGUACUGUGCGGGAGUUGUAAAAGGUCAGCUGCCACGCACGACGUCAGGAGGGUUCACUUCUGA